GACAGCUCGCUCAGGGCAUGAACAUUGUUUAGCGUCCUUUCUGGCGGAGGGAAAUUUUUCACACAUUGCCGUAAAAUUGAACAUAAUUUACAGAAAAGCUACUGUAUUUUAGUGCAAAACUAGUGUAGUGUGCGAGCAGCGAAAAUGGACAUCCGACCGAAUCACACCAUCUACAUCAACAACCUGAACGAGAAGAUCAACAAGGUGGAGUUGAAAAAGUCACUCUACGCCAUCUUCUCCCAGUUCGGCCAGAUACUCGACAUUGUCGCGUACAAGACGCUCAAAAUGCGGGGCCAAGCGUUUAUCAUCUUCAAGGAGAUCUCGAGCGCCACCAAUGCGAUGCGCACGAUGCAAGGGUUCCCCUUCUACGACAAGCCGAUGCGCAUCAAAUACUCCAAAACCGACAGCGACAUGAUAGCGAAGCUGAAGGGCACGUUCCAGGAGCGGCCGAAGCGCGUCAAGCAACCGAAACCCAUCCAGACGGAGGAUAAGAAGGCGAAGAAGCUGAAGAAUGCGGGCGAGGUGGGUGCGACAAACAAUUCGGCGACGGCCGAGCAGCCGCCCAACCAGAUCCUCUUCCUGACCAACCUGCCGGAGGAAACGAACGAGAUGAUGCUGUCGAUGUUGUUCAACCAGUUCCCGGGCUUCAAGGAGGUGCGGCUGGUGCCGAACCGGCACGACAUUGCGUUCGUGGAGUUUGCGACGGAACUGCAGAGCGGGGCGGCCCGGGAAGCGCUGCAAGGGUUCAAGAUUACGCCGACGCACGCGAUGAAGAUUUCGUUUGCGAAGAAGUAAAGGGAGGCGAUGGCAUCCGUCGUUACCCAAGGAUAUGCUGCCGCUUUUACACUGGACGGAGAUCGAGUGGGGUCAUUCGGUUGUCGAGGCAGCCACAGGUAAAUUUUGAAGCUGUACGAUAAUUUUGAACUCAAUUGAACUGAAACCAAUAAACCAUGCAUUAAGCAUUGCACUUCCGCUAUCAUGGUAUUGUCGGUUAGGUGAUUGCUUAGUAUUUAAAACAACAA